UCGGAUCUUGCAAAGCCUACAGCGAAAGCGCAAGUCGAAAACGACGACAGCACAACGAGUUAGUCAAUGCGUAGUAAUAUCGUAUACUCUAGCAAAACAGUUGCAUCCGUUGUAUAGAGCCCACCGCCCACAAGCUUUAGCAGUGAGUGUAUGCAACAGAUUUGGUCGACGGCAGCAUCGACAACCGCCGAAAAGUGACAGCCAGUGAGACAAGGACGACCCAGAGCGCUCUGGCAAACGCCCUCGACGGUGCAUGUGUAUGGGAAACAGCGCGUGUGACGGACGCUUCGACGGACGAAUAAAUUUUUGCUAACAGUUGCAUGGAGUCAUCGCCGAUGUGACACGUACCGGUGAACAGGUGGUGAAGCUGCAAGACACCUAUUAGUUGUUAUUAGCAUUAUUGUCAGUGUAGUUAUAGUAUUAGUGAAAAAAGAUUCAUCGGUGAAAUAUCAGUGGACAAAACAAAGUACGAAUAGUGCUACAAAGAUAGUGAUCGGUGAGGUUCUGUGUGUUGGGGGGGGGUCAAGAGGACAGACAAUCCAGCAAGCUGAGACAGGUACGUAAUAGCACUAUGGAAUGUAACCUGUAACACAUGUCAGUGUGGGUGGGUGUGUGUGUGUGUGUGGUAAAGGGCAAACCAGGAAAUACAAGUGUCAACACUCCCUUGUGAUAACCUAACUGUACGAUGUAAACUAACAAUGAACAAAACCCAACGGCACCGUAAAGAGACACGGCACCCGAAAGCAGAGACCCUUCGUGAGACGCAUACAGGCAUAGUUAUUUUCGCAUUUAUGUGCUAUAGGCAUAUAUUUUAAGGUCGUAUUGAUAUAUUGCUACUGACGACCCUCUCCGACCCCCCGAACGUGACUCCCCCUAAUUUAUGCAGGAGUUGUGCACUUGCAAAUGUUGUUUUGAAUAUUUCUUGUUUUCAAUUAUGAAUACUGGUUAAAAAUACAGUCAGCAUUUCUCUCCUACUGAUGGUACCCGCUCUCCAUAACCAGAUCAUUAAUAACGAUGAACUCAGUCAGCGUUAUACAAAAGAUUUGCUCACUUGUUAGUAUCUAGCUGAUAGUACCUGUGUUAGUAUCCACAUCAGCUCCCUCCGAGUAUCAAAUCUAAUGUCUAACGCACCAAGCUUGAUGGCCGGGGGAGUCAAGAUAGUUGCUCCGGGGCCCUCCUCCGAGCAUUAUGCAGACCCGGCCCCUUGGCAAUAUCCGCGCGGAGGACGGGCCACCACCGUAUGGCCGUCCGCGUUUGCCCCCGCGGGUGUGUUUUGCUCAACAUCUGAAAUCCAGCGGACGUCCACUCCGACCGGUAACAUCCGAAACCAUCACAAAACCGACGGCCAAAAAUCGCACGGCAGCUGGCGCAUCAAGAGAACAUUGAUACUACUUUGUCUUGAGAAUACGGUACGUCAUCGCAGGAUAAAGCACAGGAUAUACUGAUAUCUGAACUAUUCCCGUGAAAAUAAAGAAAGACAGCAAAUUCCUUAAGACCAACGAUUGCAUCGCGAGCGCAUUUUGCUCGAAAGCAAUUUUGCAAGGACAAGUCGAAAAUGAAUUGGACCACUUCAGUAGAUUCACGAUUUUUUCUACGAGACUACAUGUUACUGCGGCUGCAGUGCACCAAGAAGAAGUCCUUAAUAUGUACUUUCUGUGGGUAAGAGCUUCAGUGGUAACAGUUGCCGGCCUUGACAAGGUUAUGCAGGCAGGUAUAGCAGGGAAAUCCUUGUCUAUAUGAUUUUUGGACAGAUAACUGCUCGUGAAGUGCUGCUCCAAAUCAAUGCGAGCGAAUAGACUCCGAAACCGUCUUGAACGGUAUCGGCCAGUGUACCAGCAAUCCAAUAUACCCGUACUGCUACCACCGACGUAAGCUUGCGGAGGUGAACACCUGACAGGCUCGAGCCCGAAGUGGGCGUGAGUGCAUGACGAGCACCAUCAAAGGGCAUCGAGUAAAGCGAAUUUGCCCAGGGAGAAGGCUGUCUCACGCCGUGGUCGUUCACGAUGCAUCUGAGCGCUCGUGCUUCGUCUAUGGACAGCACGUGAGAAAAAAUGUUCUUCUUUUUCCGGCAAGGCGAUCUCGAAGCCAGCCAGCGGCGUUGUUGUCAACUUAAUCCCUGUCUGUCUUGACACAGUCUAACAUUUGUUCAACCAAGAACGAUUCUUUACUCUACAAAGAAAAAGGAGCUACACGAACCGCAUGCAGCUGCUACGCGAAAAAAGGUGCUGUUUAUCUUAUGCGCUCCAUCUGAGGUACCCUGAGGAAGCUGUCGAUAAUGACACAUCCGAUGAGUUGGAGGCGAGAACCUCGCGAGCUCAGUGGUGAGAUUCGCGAUGGCUAGCACAGUUCCAGAUGAAAGAGGCCGCAGGUAGACCCAAGAUACCGGGACGAGGAGGCACCUGAGCGAUGAGCGGCAAGCUUGAGGACAGCGUGGUGAGGAAGCACGCUCACCAGAGCAGUGGAUCAAAUAAUAAUAAUAAUCAAGUUAAGAAGUGCAUAUCAACGCCAAACUGCACUUCCAAACCGCCUGGUUCGACUCCGUUGUCGGGCAGGUACCAACAGCAGCAGCAGCAGCAACAACAAAAACAGUUGCAGCAAAUCACCGUGCCACCACCGACGAAACGGAAGCGCUCUGAGGAACGGGGCUUGACGCUCGUUGACGACGGCAAAGAGCGGGGAGACGUCUGCGCUAUUUCGGCUGCCAAGAAGCCGCGAGACGAGGAAGAUCCUACGACCAAAAAACUUCAGGAGACCGAGGAAGCGCUGCGCUCUCUUUCGGGCGCUGGACUCCUUUUGCAAAGCGGUCGAGACGACCCUGCUGAUACACCAUUUGUAAAUCUCUUUGAGAAGGAGGCGCAGGCUGAGAAGCCGCCCUCCGCCGUCGCAAGUGCCUGGAAAGACGUUGUGAGCGUAUCAUCUUGUUCCUCGAACGGGUCGGCGCCUUCCCCUGCGCUCAAUAUUGUCACUUCCCCUAGAGUUGACCUGAGCUGCGUGAAACAGGAACCGCCCUCAACGCCUCAAGCUACCGCGGCAUCCCCUGAAGAAAAUAAAAUCGAGGAACCUUUGGCUGUCGCUCUAAAGACUAGUGAAAGCCCUGAGGCGACCUCAAGUCCCCCAGCUACAACUAACGUUGGUAAUAAUAGUGUAACAAAUAACAGCAGCGGCCACAGCAACAGCAGCAACAACAACAGCAGCAGCAGCAACAACAGCAACAACAAUAGCAGCAACCAAAAUAUCAAUAAUAGUAGCUGCACAGUAAAAGUUAAGAGCGAGCCUCAUUGUACCUCCACGACCGAUAGUCCCGCAGCUCCCACCCAAAGCUCAAACCCCUCAACUUGUGCAACAACAACAACAACACACGCCCCGAACAACUCAAGUGGCAGUCCAGGUAAAACGCCCUCGGCGACCGCUUCAGCACCUUCCAGACUGCAGACUGCGCUAGCAGCUGCCAGUGUAAAUAUUCCUUCGAAAGCAGCAGCAGCAGCAGCAGCAGCAGCAGUAGCAGGCAUCGUUCAGCAACAACAACAGCAGCAGCAGCAGCAGCAGAAAUCAACAUCUCCCUCAGCAAACGUAACCGCAACAGGAGCAAUUGUCCCAACUGCUGGAGCCCCUGUGGCCACGACGCCCAAUGUCGGGUGUAAUUCUGUAUCAGCGGUAACACCUAUUAUCAAACGCUUCAAACAAGAACUUCCAGACGACGAUGAUGAUGACGAUCUAAACAAUUUUUCCGUUGCCCAAACUUCAUACUUGAACCAGUAUACGAGUAACAGCAGCUAUCGAUCAUUGUACAACGGGUGUUCGCCCGUUUCGCAAUCGGGUCCCCUACCAAGCUUACAUCAAUUACAACCGAGCCUUGCGCCUCUGGCGUCCUCUGCACUGUAUAGUAGUCCAUCGCUGUACCACACCAUGUCACAAAGUCCAUCACUGCCACCAGUCACUCCGGGAGUGACGACGCUACAACCUGUCAAAAUCGAGGAUGCAGGCGAUAAUUCGUGCUGUAGCACGGGUUCGGAAACCUCACGCAUGGCUACAGAGUCACCGAAGUUAGCUGACCCCAACCCGAUGAGGUUUCCGUCGCAUUCUUCCAGAUGCGGUGCGGAAUACACGUCGCUGGGCCAUAUGUCAGGUCCGGGCUUCAGCCCUACUAGCCAGACGCUAGGGGCAAUGACGUACCAACAGCUUACUACUAUGCCUCAGCAUGCCUCUGGCUCCGCCUCCGACCAUCCGGCGUAUACGGAUCUUAACAAAUCUAGUGAAUCUAUCAAGAAUCUCUACCCGGGAGAAGGAGGUGGGGGUCCCGACGACGAGCCAGGAUUGGUGAUCGACGAGGGCGGAAUGAGGCACCGAGGUCAGCAGGGCCCUGUUGGCUCUGCUAGCCCACCGGGAGGGCCAAACCAGGGUCCUAGCCAGGGUCCUGGGGUUCUCACCGCCCCCGGCGGCCAAGUCGGUUCGCCGUUACACUCUACACAUUCAUCGCAUUCGUCGUUGUCGACGGCCUCGCAGCCUCCAUUGGGACUCGGUGGGCCGCCCCCGGGCGCGCUUGACGAUGAGCUCGUCUCGGGUGGGACGUGCACGCCCGAGUCGCCCAGUCGGCGGACUCCCGACGGAACCAUGAAGGAUAGCAAGUGCCCCACUCCGGGCUGCAACGGGACUGGCCAUGUCACGGGCUUAUACUCGCAUCAUAGGAGCCUAUCUGGAUGUCCGCGCAAGGAUAAGAUAACUCCUGAAAUUCUGGCUCAACAUGAGACGAUUCUCAAGUGCCCCACGCCGGGUUGUAAUGGCCGCGGGCACGUGAACAGCAACAGGAACUCGCACCGAAGUUUGUCGGGUUGUCCAAUAGCGGCUAUGGAGAAGCUGGCUCAGAGGGAACUGAAGGGCGCGCAGGCCAAACAGGCCCACCAGGCCCAGCAGGUGGUCCAGCAGCAACAACAGCAACAACAACAGCAGCUCGCGCUGGGAUCCACCGGACCUAGUGCUACUGCCUCCGCCCCACAACAAGCUCAGUCCGCUCAGCUGCCUUCUACUGCGCAAUCGGACCGAGUACUGCGUCCCAUGUGUUUUGUCAAGCAACUAGACGUCGGUGAUUAUAAGUAUCCUGGCUACGUGGCACAGGCGACUCCGCGAACACAGCUGGCGAAGGAAUUGGAGAAGUACUCGCGACCUCACGAUUACAUAGUGCCCCCGGUGGGUGUCAUGGGCGUGGGCGGAGUUGGAGGUAUGGGCGUAGGGGUGGGGGGAGGCGUUGGUGGAGUAAGCGGGUACUACCCCGCUCCCCCGCAUCGUGCAGCCCCGCACGCCUCUUCCGGCAUCCACUGCAAGAGCCAGGCCACCUCUCCCAAUUCGUCCCCUCCGAACUCCCCCAGCUGUCUGCCAAGAGGAUCCAAGCCAUUCGGCAGCGGGUGCUCCGAGCAGACUGAGCCGGUCGAUUUCAGCACGGCGCCCUCAGGCCACCACCGUGAGUUUGCUGGUUACGCUUACGACACCAGCAACUCCAGCGAUCACUUUAUGAGCACGAUCGAGCACGACAGAUCGGCCACGGCAGUCGCUGUGCCAGGAGCCUCACCAGCGAUCCUCUCAAAUCUGAACCAGACUCAGGGGGGAUCUCACGAGCUCAAAUGUCCCACGCCUGGCUGCGAUGGGACUGGCCACAUCACCGGUAACUACUCGACGCAUCGCAGCCUUUCAGGCUGCCCGCGCGCCGGACCAGGCCACGCCAGGAGCUUAUACAGAGCUUCAUCGUCUUCGUUUGCUGACAAAACGGAUGCCGGGGGAGCUGAACCCCUUCGAUGUCCAGUGCCUGGAUGCGAUGGAUCCGGUCACGUGACGGGAAAAUUUCAGUCGCACCGGAGUGCUUCCGGCUGUCCUAUCGCCAAUAAAAACAAGAUUAAACAUGAGUUCGCGUCAGGUGAAUUUGCGGCUUCCGGCAAGCUGGAGCCGAGCUGUCUGACGCCAGGAUGCGAUGGCAGCGGGCACGCAAAUGGUACCUUUCUAUCUCACAGGAGCCUGUCGGGAUGUCCACGCGCAACGCGCCCGCCACCCAAGGAGGCCGACGAUGGAUCGGGAUCCACCUCUACCCAGGACAAUAACGAGGUCCGUGCACUCGAAGAUGAAAUCAUCGAGUUGCAGGAAUACAACGCCAAGAUGGAAUCGGAAAUGCACCGGCUGCGCACUGGCAUCGCGCAGAUGGAGGCACAAACACGGAUGGCUGAAAGCGACAACACCGCCCUCGAAGAAAAGACCCAUAGUUUGCAUGAGUAUUACGAGUCGUUGAAGUCGAACUUUAUCCACCUGCUAGACCGUACUGGAACUACAUACGGUGAUGAAAAGCCCACGCCAGAGAAUUUUGACUCGUACCUCAGUCGACUACAGUCGCUUUGCAUGGACCCCUCGAAAGAGGACGGCAGUAGAUUGCUGUUUUCUACCGUACGUCAAGCAUUACAGGACUUUAACAUGCCCAUCGACCAUCCCAACGGCUGGGUACGAUCAUAAGCCGCUUAGGGGACCUCAUAAGACUGAAGCAAGCGAAUAACAACGGACCGAAGCUGCUGAUCAACCAUGAACCAUUCUAUACGUGUAGUCUCUGUUGAAAAUCCGAGAUCUUCAAACAGGUCCUUCAGCAACGUAUUUUUAAAGACUUCCACAUCGAUCCUCGGAUUCGAAGGCUCACAGGUCGUCGAAAUCUAUCAUGAAAAAUCGUCAACACCGUGGACUAACGUCAAGUGUUUAGAGUCAUCAAAACGUUUGAACAUCAAAUAUGUGCUAGAAAACGUUUCACAGUGAAGAGAAAACACCAACAAGUUCUGUUAUAUCGUCUUGCCGAUUAGACUAAGACCUAUAUACGAACUCGAUUACGGGAAAUACUGCAAUUUUCCCUUCCUCCCUACAAGGGGGAAACAGGCAGUUGCAUAUAGCUCCGACUAAUUCUUAGUAAUGGCUGAUACUACUUAUCAACUGGAGUAACAGGGUGAAAAAUCGUUGUUUAAACCACAUGAACCAAAAAGAAGAAGCCGAUUCAAGUGAAACUUAAUUGAGAUAAAUCACGAAAACGAGAUUAUCAUUGAAGAGAUAAAAUGGAAUAAGUGAUGAUGGCAGACUUCAAAAAAUCGUAAACGAGAGCUUGGUGAUAAUAGUAAAACGACAUAACUGCUGCACGAAACCUUCUGCUGGACUGCUUGCACUAUCGAAAAUCAGGAACACUUGUUCCUCAGCUUCGCUGUAGUUUCCGCUAAAGCUAAAUCUCACAGAUCUCCUUAAACAGCCCCCUCCGAUAAAUCUGAUAGCCUAUGUACUUCACCAAGUCCUUUUCCUUAAAGCUAGUGCAAGCUGGAUAUUGCUGCAUGGUCCCUCAGGCCAACAGGGAGGCGGCAAGCGUUGGCAAAUCUGGACUGUCCCCGCCGCGUUAUCGGCAAAAAGCAAGCAAGCUGAGAUAUAUAUAUAUAUAUAUAUAUAUAUAUAUAUAUAUAUAUAUAUAUAUGCAAGAUAAAACAUGUUAAAAUAUCAGCAACCAUCAACAGCGAGGCUAAGAGCUAAAAUAUAUAAGGAGACAAUGAUAAAAUGAAAACAUAAAAUUCACAUCCCGGCACCCAGUGCGCGAAUCCCUACGGUGAAGCGAAGCAUGAAAAUGUCAGGAAACAUAUUGAACACCCUUUUAGCAAUUAUAACUAUUAGAUACUGUAGCUGCUGCAGUACCACCUCUAACAUGAUCACACUAUUACAAGUACUAUUACUACCACUAUAACGACUCUAUGUAGAGAAAUACGUAAUAAUAUUACAUUAUGAUAUGAUGAAGACACUGAAGAAUUAUGGCAAGAGUAUAGUGAAGCUGUUUGUCAACGCUGCUGAUACUCACCCAUUUAUCAUGCAGAUCAUAAUUAUAAUAAAAGUUAUUAUUAUUAUGAUCCAUGAAUAUGAAGACAGCGAAUUAUAUAUAUAUAUAUACAUGGAACGAGAAGAAAUUCUGGAUUCGCGGACUUGUUUGUAAAAAGUCACUGUACAUGAACUGUAGGAUGAACGAAUGAACUUGGAAAGACUCAAUUAAACAAGUUAACGAUGUGGGUAAAUGGGAAAAGAUCUGCGGCUGAAACAAGGCGGACAGGCGUUUUCCUUGACGGAAACCAACUGUCUUACCAUACGCAGUAAGUUUUUGGGCCUCAGGCUUGAAAAGGACGAAAAGUUACUUAGCUUUUAUCGAGCUAUAAAGCAACAACGUCGACUCUUAGGUGCAAUGCCGGAGCGCAGCUUGGAGUUCGAACGUUCUUCUCUCUGACAACUUGAUAUAGAAAUCCCCACCUAUAUAAUUGAUAUAAAAAGGAACAAGUACACGCAGACACUACUCCAUUUAGAAAACACGAUUUUCAGUUGGGCCUUCGGGGUCAAGUUGAAGUUGAAGCCAGCGUAUGUGUGAACUUACGACUGAGUGAAACUAUGUCGACGAUAGACGAGAAGCAAACCGAAGGGAAAAAGCCGAUAAAAGAAAGAGAACAACAGCUACAGAUAUCUGCAUCGCCGCUAUGUAAUGUAUUAUUUUAUCCCAUGUGAUAUUAUAUUUUCGUUAAUAUUAUUAUAAUAAUAAUACUUAUACUAAUA